AUAUGAUCUUAUUAUGUGUUUUUGCAUAACUAUAUAUAUUGGUAAUAUGUAAAAGGCGUCUCCAAAGUGUAACGGGACGCGAAGAUUGCACAUUCAUAUUUGAUGGUUGGAGGGAUAAGAUUAUCAUAUCAUCUUAUCAUUAGUCUGAUAAAAACAAUGUUCAGCAUUCUACUCUAUAGUCACAUGCAAUUUUGAAGCUGGUGCACUCAAGAGAGAAAAGAAGACAAACUCUAACCACACGAGUCGGCUCCAGAAUGUAAUGGGACAUGAAGAUUGUACAUUCACAUUUGACGGUUGGAGGAUAAGAUUAUAACAUUAUAUGUCAUCAUCUAGUGUGAUAGAAAAAGCUUUUAGCAUUUCACGAUCUAUAUAUAUUCACAAGCAACUCUGAAAUUGGUGUACACAAAAAAAAAAAAAAAAAACUCUAAAUCACACGAGUCGGCCUCACAACUUGUGUAAUAGUUGAUAGCCUGUAAAUCUCUAAUUAACACUUUCUCCCUCCCUCAAUCAUCCCACCAACCAAACUUCGGUAGCACCAUCGACAUUACUAGUGAACACCUAAUAUUAGCAUCACAUCAACCCAUUCACCAGAUUGGUAGGUCCCCAUUGGAGCCUUUCGCAUAUGGUUCCUAAUACCAAUUUUGCCUUUCCCCUAACAUAUAACUUCAGUCUCUCCCCAAACCUCAACACCAUCAUACUAUAAAUUAAUCCAUCACCAAAACCCCCACAGACAGCUAGGUACGUAGAAGCUUCUAGCUAGUGCAAAACGAAACGAUAUGCCGACUUUUCUUGACCACACCAACCAAGCCCGAGCCAUGUGGCUAACAUGCCUAGCCUCUGCAUUCCGUACAUGUCUUGCUUGCACCAUAGUUGCGCUAACCACCCUCUAUGGCCCGCAAUCUCUCCGACGCCAAGUAACCUUCCCGGCAUUCUCUUAUGUCACAGUCCUUCUCAUAGCUCCUGAUGCAACUCUAGGGCACACACUUUGUGGCUUUCGGCUCGGGCUCUAUGCCACGGCACAAACCAUUGGCCCGGCCAUGUUGAGUCUGUGGCUGAUUGGGCCGGCCCAGCUUUCGACCAGCACGACCGCUGUGGCGGUGGGUCUUGCGGCAUUCGUGGUGGCUCUGCCGGAGUUUACUCACUUGGUGACCAAACGCAUAGCACUUGGGCAGAUUGUGAUUAUGUAUGUCAUAGCUUGCAUAAAUGGGGGCCAUACAGAUGCUAUCAUGCACCCUGUCCAUGUGGCAGCAAGUACUGGAGUUGGGGUAUUGGCUUGUGUUUUGGCUUUGUUGAUUCCCUUCCCACGCCUUGCUUCUCGAGAGGUUAAACAAAACUUAAAGCUACUUGCCAAGAAUGCUUCAGAAAUGCUCAAGAUCUUUGUAAAUGCGUUUUGCGCAGAAGAUAGCACAUCGGCACUUGCAUCAAUUUCUCAAGCAAAUUUCCUGGCUUCCACGGCAACCAAGCUUUUCCAAACUAUCAAAAGCCACCAAGGACGAAGCCAGAACUUUGUGUGAAUGGGGGCAUCCUCAAACAACAAAGCCAGAACUUCUGCAGAACCAGGUCGGAGAGCAAAACCAGAUCAGUUCAGUGGGGGCUCUGCUGCUGCAAACCCAGCUCAAUUUGAGCAGCAUCCCAGCGUCAGAAAAAUCUCAGUGGGGGCAUCCGCCCCCCCUAGGCCCAUGGUGGCUCCGUCCUUGAU